AUCCGCUCUCAGUGGCGCACAUGCUCAGUACCGAUCACUGUGGCAAUCUGUAAUGGCUGCGAGAUGAUGUGAAGCGAAUCCCGGUACCUCGUUGCGUCUCUUCGGUAGGAAUGCCAUUUCCCUGUGACCGCCAACCACUCAGUUCAUUCCUCCGUCAACAUGGUUGACAUUCGACAGAAGAAUAAAGGUCGGCCUUCGUAGUCGAGACCACUUGCGAGAGUCACAAUCGUUUGAGUGCUGGUGUUUGGUAGUGCCAGUGAAUUGCGUGUGGUUGGCGGUAGUCAGGUGCUAUGGCUGUAAAGGAACGGGUGGAGGCGGUGCUGAAUGUGGGUCUGCGGAUCCCCAGUAUCAUGUUGCUGGAGGUGCUGUACCGCUGGGAUGUCAGCUCCUUCUUCCAGAAGAUCCAGAGGAGCAGCCUCAACAAUAACCCCCUAUUCCAGUACAAGUACCUGGCCCUCUAUCUGCACUAUGUGGGCUACAUUCUGAGUCUAGUUCUGCUAACUUUGCCCCGACAACACCUGGUGCAACUCUACCUGUAUGUGCUCACUGCUCUGCUGCUGUUUGCUGGUCACCAGAUUUCAAGGGACUAUGUGCGCAGUGAGCUGGAGUCUGCCUACGAGGGUCCGCUAUACCUGGAGCCUCUGUCCAUCAACCGCUUCACUACUGCGCUCAUCUGCCAGCUGGUGGUGUGUACUCUUUGCUCCUGUGUGAUGCAGACCAAGCGCAUUUGGCUGUUCUCAGCACACUUGCUCCCUCUGGUGGCAAGGCUAUGCCUGGUCCCUUUGGAAACCAUUGUUUUCGUGAAUCGAUUUGCCAUGAUUUUCACAGGCCUGGAAGUCAUCUACUUUUUGGCCUCCAACCUACUGGUGCCAUUUAACCUGGCUAAAACGGCAUACCGGGAGCUUGCACAGCUGGUGGAGGUGUAUGGGUUGCUGGCUCUCGGUAUGUCUCUGUGGAAUCAGUUAGUUCUGCCUGUGUUGUUUAUGUGUUUCUGGCUGGUUCUGUUUGCCCUGCAAAUCUACACAUACUUCAGCACAAGAGAUCAGCCCACAUCCAGAGAAAGACUGCUCUUUCUUUUUCUCACCAGUAUUGCAGAGUGCUGUUGUACUCCAUACUCUCUGCUCGGUCUGGUCUUCACCGUGUCAUUUGUUGCUUUGGGAGUGCUCACUCUGUGCAAGUUCUACCUGCAGGGCUACAGGGCGUUCAUGAAUGACAACACCAUGCACAGGGGCAUGACAGAAGGGAUCACUCUUUUGAUCCUCGCUGUACAGACCGGACUGAUCGAGCUACAGGUCAUCCAUAGAGCCUUCCUUCUCAGCAUCAUCCUCUUCAUUGUGGUGGCCUCCAUCCUUCAGUCCAUGCUGGAGAUAGCUGAUCCCAUAGUGCUGGCACUGGGCGCCUCCAGAGACAAAAGUUUAUGGAAGCACUUCCGUGCAGUUAGCCUGUGCUUGUUCCUGCUGGUGUUCCCAGCUUAUAUGUCCUACAUGAUCUGUCAGUUCUUCCAUAUGGACUUCUGGCUGCUUAUCAUCAUCUCCUCCAGCAUUCUGACCUCCCUGCAGGUGCUGGGCACACUGUUGAUCUACGUGCUCUUCAUGGUAGAGGAGUUCCGCAAGGCUCCAGUGGAGAACAUGGAUGAUGUCAUCUACUGGGUCAAUGGCACCUACAGGCUGCUGGAGUUCCUGGUGGCCCUGUUCGUGGUGGCGUAUGGCGUGUCGGAGACGGUGUUUGGGGAGUGGACUGUGAUGGGCUCCACCAUCGUGCUUAUCCAUUCCUACUACAAUGUGUGGCUGAGGGCCCAGCUGGGCUGGCAGAGCUUCCUGCUCCGCAGAGAUGCUGUCAACAAGAUCAAGAGCCUGCCUACAGCUUCUCACCAGCAACUACAGCAGCACAAUGACAUCUGUUCCAUCUGCUACCAGGACAUGACGUCAGCUGUAAUCACCCCCUGCAGUCACCUCUUCCAUGCUGGCUGCUUGAAGAAGUGGCUGUAUGUGCAGGAGACUUGCCCUCUUUGCCACAGCCAACUGAAAGGGUCAUUACAGCUUAGCUCUUCAACAGAGGAUGCCCCGCUACUGGAGACACCCUUACAGCCAGUGGGGAGUCUGGAUCCUCCACAAAAUCCAACAACAGGCUCAACCCUCCAGGAUCCUCAGCAAGACAACACCUCCCAAGCUCCAGCCUCAGAGGUUGCGGCUGAGCUACAAGAGGAGAGUGAUAAGAAGAAAACGGUACCUGGCGGCUGUGGGUUUCCUACCUGCUCCUCCUCAGGCUGAGCUGGCUAAGCCUGUUCUCUCCUAGUCGUAAAACCAGCCUUGAGCCAAACUCGGCUCCACACUGCUGGCCAAAAGACAGAGAAGUGUUGCAGUAGAGGGUUCCCAAGGGAACUUCUAGCCCUCUCUGUAACUGUAAUUUUACAUAUGCUGAAUGCUACUUAGAUAUAUCUACAAUCAAAACCCUAGUCUCUCUCUCUCAUCCAGACCGUCACAGAAGCAUUUCACCAUAGGUCAGAGAGCCUAAUUGAGGUGAAAUAGAAUUAUUUCACCCCUACAUCUUGACAUAUGGAUUGCUUCUACCCAAUCACCAGCUCCUCACCAAUCUUUGUUAUUACAAAUCUAUGAUGUCCAGCAAGCACCAACAUGAUUGUGCUCAUGUGACCCUUGAAUAUAGUGCUGUGAUACUCUAUAAGCACUUAGCACAUCCCAGUUGCAUGCUCUUGGUAUCCAAUAGCAGUAGCCUGUCUCUUUUCUGUUCACUAUUUGUUUUCUUGAGAUAAAUUAUAUAUAUACCACUGCAUUUGCACUAAUGUAACAUAAAACAAUGCUCCAAAGUUUGUCUUGUCUGAUACCAAAUAUUUUGGUGUGUAUAUGAAUUGAAUCAAGAUAUAUAUGAAAUAUACCCAUGUACAAAUAUAUAUGUAAAGGGGUGUUGAUAUGCAGAAAUACAGUGUUAAGCAGCAUCAAGUGUCAUGAAAUGGUCUAGGCUUAUAUGAACGCUGUACCUCUAGUGGUAGUAGUGGGAAGAGCCAAGGCCAUGGAUAAGAAUUGGUGACUGUUUAAGAGAGCCAAUUUCUUUCCCAUCAGUAUUUGGCAUUUGUUGCAUUUGUGAGCAUGAAUACAUUCAAGAAUGUAUGAGCACACUUUGCAUAUGCCAUUUUUCUUUUCAUUAAGUGUUUUUUAAGUUCAAAUAUUUUACAUAUUUCCUUUAACGAAUGAUGUUUGAAUGUUUGUUUGUUUUAAUAUCUGGAGGAUGUUUUUUAUCUGGAAAAGUGUUAGUUUUAUCUGGAAGACCAGUUUUUUUAAAAGGCUGUUACAGAUGUUUUUCCAUUAAAAAACAAAUUUGAAAGUGAUCAGAUAGUAUAAUCCUAUAGAAUCUUGAUUUUUUUUCCUACUUUGCUUUUAUACAGCAUAAAUGUGGAAUGAUGUUCUGUUAAGGCUGACUUGUUUGAAUUGCAGCUGAUUUCAGGAAAUAUGCCUGAAGUCUGAACGUGAACCUGAAUGUCAGAAUAAAUCAAAACCUAGCAUAUGAAA